AUGAAACUUACAGCCGUCUUCUCGUCGUCUCCUGGCCGAGCGCUCUUGCGCACGCUGCGCUGGGAGUCCAUCUCGGCCGUGAGUCUCUACUUUGCCUCGACGUUUCUCUCUCGAUUCUGCAAGUCCUCACGGGCGACGUCGGCCGUUGGUAUUGCGUCGGGCUACGUGCUCGCCGUCCUACUCACACUCGUGACGCUUCUCUCGGUCACCGCGAUCGACUAUGGUCUCGACCGGUCGCCCACGACGCGAGGACCGGACGACCAGAGCGGCCAAGGCCAUGGGCGACAGACCGACCCAAGUGCGACCGACUGA